GUUUUGAGGAAACACAUCAACAGCACAAAUACAAAGAGGGCUUUGAAGGAAAUAGCGGGCUGUUGGGAGAGCAUCUUUCAUCCUUGUUGGCCAAUCAGGUGAACAAUACCCACCAUUCAACUUUCAAAGAUCCGGAUCCUGGUUCACCAUCUGAGUUUUUGCUAAAGCGUGUAUCCGGGGUUUGCUUUGAGCCGUUGUUUACAGGUCUUCCAUCUGUGGGAGUGAUUAUUCCUCCGGGUCAUUCUUCACUCUAUACUCAGAUCUCCCUGCCGGAACCGUCAGCUUGUGAAGAGCCCACGCCACACAACAGACAGGAGAAUGUAGCUGGGUCAGACCAGCCAACAAGCAAUGACAGCUUCCUCUCCGAGUCAGGGGACACUGGAAGCACCUUAGCUGCAAACAAGGAAACGUGCACGAGUCUGAAUAAAGGAGACGCUGGAUGUCCAGGAACUGAGCUGCAAAACAGCAGACGUAAAACAGAGACUUCUGAGAGGUGCCAAAAUUAUAGCGGCAGGACAGAGGCCUUAAAACUUUUGAAGCAAGGAAAGCUUUCCAAGUUCGCAGACGACUGGGAUAACCAAGGAUUCAGUUCACCAAGGGAGGCCCUUGUAGAGGAUUCUGGGAUUUGUCAAGAGGAAAGACAGGAGUCGGAUUGCUCUGGGAGGAGUCGAGAGGAAUCUGAGCACAGAGGAAAGAGUCAAGCAAGGACAAAGAAUAGUGAGGCUCAAGAGAAACACAAAACAAGUGAUUCAGACACUUUAAUACGUAUCCAAGCCACUGGUCUUGCUGAUAAUCUAGAGGGCCAACAGGACCCACCUCCUGUAUGUCAGUUCACACACUCAAGAGGUGAGCAAACUUCAUUGAAGAGUGCUCCAAGUUUUGUCACAGAGUCUGUUGCCUCUUUCGUCUUCCCACACACACGCUCUCGGCCCCCUCUCACCCCGGCAAUGCCCACCCUGCCCGAGGAAGAGGAAGACUCUCCGGAGGAGCUCGACAGCACAUCCAGCUCACCCUCCACAUAUGCUCCAGUGGAAAGCAAGAUGGUGAGUGUUAACGUGAGUCCACCAGCCAUUGUGCUUCAAAGACAAGUCAUCAAGCAGGAAUCCUGUCCUCUCGAGAAAGCAAGACCACACAGUCCUCGGCCUCGUCUCUCCCGAAACUCUCCAUCAUCCUGUCCUAUCACCACAGUGGAUGGUGAUGGACACGUGAUCGACCUGGUGAAGGAUCAGCUCCCGGAUCUGAAGUUGUCUGAAGAGGACCGGCAGAAGAACCUAGAGCUGUUGGAGGAGGCCAAGAAAGUGAGCGAUCGAUUCCUGCAGCGCAGAGGCCGGCGGUCCACCUGCAGCCUCACUGAAUCCCCCACAGCUCUCUCCCCGAACCCGACGCCCUCCUCCUCCCCAAGACCGUCCAGAAGCAGUUCGCUCUCCUCUCCCUCUGCAUUAGGUCCUGAAGUCAGUCAAACUCCUCCAGCGAGUCCCUCCUUAACUCAGCAUUUAGAGGUGCCGUCUAACCAUGACCAAGGGGAUACAAGCAAGCCUGAGCAAGAGACGUUCUCAAGGCUAGUUGAGUGGAUGCCCAGUGACAAGCGAAAAGUGUCCUCUGGUACAUUAACCCCCCGCUACACCACUGCUAUCCCAGCCAGAGAGCCCUCUGCGCUUCAGAAGGACAGACCGGAGCAUCACGGACCCGCAGAAAAGGGCAAGAACUCUGAACAUGCGGGCCAGAAAAAAGAGGAGAGUCCAAGCCGUGGCAUCACUCAGCCUCUAGCUACAGGAGUGGCCAAACCCGUACCUCGACCUCCCACACAACAGGCCCCCUGUACAGCUGAAAUCAAAACUAUCGGGGCCUUCCCUCCACUGAUGAGAGCCGUGUCCUGGGACAUAGUGGGCUCCAUGAACAUGAGGAACGCUGCUCCCAAAGGAGAGGACGGUCCCUCGUUCCCUGACAAGCAAAGAGAGUCUCUGUUCAUGUCCUCCGGGUACAAGGAUUUCCCUGUGCCGCCUGGGGGCGUCCAGAAACUCUCCAAAUUACGCGAGGAACACAAACUUGUUCGUAACCAGAGCAUCUCCAGCUCGAAGCUUCCUGAUCUGAAUGAAAUUGCUGAGCAGGAACGAGGUCCACCUUCUCCACUCAUAAGCUCUCCAAGUGAAGAGGAGACCAAAGAGAAGCCUGAUGCCAUGCCUAACAUUUCAGACGUGAUGCUCCGCAAACUCAAACUGCACAGAGGUUCAACUGGCUGCGCACCACCGCUCUCAGAGAAGGAAGUUGAGAAUGCUUUUGUUCAGCUGUCUCUGGCCUUCCGCAACGACAAUUACACGUUGGAGUCACGGCAGAAACAGGCGGAAAGAGAGCGCAACCUGACUGAGGAAAACCUGGAGAAGGAACUGGAAGAGUUUAAAGUCACCCUCAAGAGCACUGUGUCAUUGUGGCAGAAUGUCGAGCAGCGGGAGUUUUAUCAAAACCUUUUAGAAACAAUCGCUGUUUUGCACCGUCUAACCAUCCGACUCUCCAGCAGGGCAGAAAUGGUGGGAGCCGUGAGGCAGGAAAAGAGAAUGAACAAGGCCACGGAGGUGAUGAUGCAGUAUGUGGAGAAUCUGAAACGGACGUAUGAGAAGGAUCACGCGGAGCUGAUGGAGUUUAAGAAGCUCGCCAACCAAAACUCCAACCGCUGCUAUGGGGGCUCAAUGGACACUGGAGAUGAAGGUGUUCCACGCUCAUCAAGAUCCAUGUCUAUGCAAAUGGGAAAGGCUUUGCCAAGACGGAGAGUCAGUGUGGCUGUAGUUCCCAAGUUUAAUCUCCUGAACAUCCCCGGGCAGACGCCAGCCGCUGGCCCCAACAUCACACCCGGUGCUCUUCCUGUGGUGUGUGAGGCGAACACCAUUAAAAACGGCAGCUCCUCAGAUCCAACACAACAAGAUGUGCCUGACAAACCCAGUGGAAACCCUCUGACGGAACAGGAAAGUGAAGCAACGCCAACCAAAGUUGUGUGCAGUCCAGAGAAGGUUACAGAAGAGAUCAAAGCCAAGAUUGAAGAAGAAGCGUAUAAUAAAGGAUACCUAGAAGGACUGAAGAAAUGUAAAGAACUGCAGGAGCUAAAGGAGGAGGAAGAGAAGCAGAAGGAGUGUGAUGAGGAAGCAAGAGCAAACGCUGAUAAAGACAGGAAGACUAAUAGCAGGUUUGAGGAGGCAUUAGAGGUUCUUGACCGAAUAUUUCCCAAAUUCUUCCGGCGAAAUCGCGUGCUUUGGAUUGUCCUCACUCUGUUCUUUGCUUCGUUCAUCAUUGUGAAUGUGAUAAACAUGUUGAGUAGCCGCUACAGUGACAGCGGAGACACUUCUGCAGAGAAGUCCGCCAUCCCAGGUAAGAAGAAGUUUUUCGGACUGAAUGUAGGGUCAAAGGCUCCAGCCCCAGAAUGACUUUGUUCUCAUCCACCUUGGAGAAACGGAUCAUGGAAAUCUGCCUUUGCAAACACAGAUCUUCACGUCAGUCUUUCACACUGCAUUCAGCAAAACAGCAGAACUACUUGUCAUUGUUUAGGGACCAAGUGUGCUGAGAUGAGAAAUUAGAUUUGUAGUCUACUAAACUGGCACCUUUGGUAAACAUGAGCAAAGAUGGCUGUGAAAAAGAAAUGUUUUGAUUGUUUAAC